AUUUAUCUAUUUUAUGUAUUUAUUGAUUCAUCACAUUUAAAAAUGGCGUCCAAGUGUCCAAGGUGUGAGAAGACUGUGUAUUUCGCAGAGAAAGUGAGCUCUCUGGGAAAUGACUGGCACAAAUUCUGUCUGAAGUGUGAACGCUGCAAUAAAACACUGAAUCCUGGAGGACACGCUGAGCAUGAUGGGAAACCGUACUGCCAUAAACCCUGCUACGCUACACUGUACGGACCUAAAGGUGUGAAUAUCGGUGGUGCUGGAUCGUACGUGUAUGAAACACCAGUGACUGAGACGCAGACCACCACCACCACACCAGCCAGAGCUGAGGAGAGGAAAACUACAGCGCCACCUAGAGGACCAGUGAAGGCUGCCAGUUUCUCGUCAUUCUCUGGGCAGCCGAAUAUCUGUCCUCGCUGCAACAAAACCGUCUACUUCGCGGAGAAGGUGAUGUCCCUGGGUAAGGACUGGCACAGGCCAUGUCUGCGCUGUGAGAGGUGCAGUAAGACGCUCGCUCCCGGUGGCCACGCUGAGCACGAUGGCCAGCCGUACUGCCAUAAACCCUGCUACGCUGUCCUGUUCGGACCUAAAGGUGUGAACACUGGAGGGAUGGGCAGCUACAUCUAUGAAGAGCCAAACACUGAGCCUCAGCCAUGAACACACGCACACAAACAACACCAUUUAUACUUUUAUAAAUAUAUGCUGUAGUGUUCAGGUGAAUUAAACACUG